CGCAACGACGCCGAGUCGGCUGCGUCACUUCCCUUUCAAAACAUGGCCGCACACUGAGAAAUGUCACAUUACUUCUUGUGCUGAAAACAAACCGCUUAUAACCGUCUGUCUCAUAGACUGUCCAGGGAAUACACAAGAGGCGACAUCAGGGCAGAUUUCGCUUUACGAGGCUCAACAUCCUCAGAGGAUAAUCCAGUGAACACCAUGGUCCAUUUAUCAUCACUCCUCCUAAAGAAGUACCAUGGGGGCUACGUGGUCAUCCGACUGGCUCUUGCAGGCCACAAACAAGCUAACAGACCCUUUUAUCGCAUCGUGGCAGCUUACAACAAGAGGGCAAGAGAUGGUAAAUAUAUUGAGCAGCUGGGUUCCUACGACCCCCUCCCUAACAUCUACAACGAGAAACUUGUCAGCUUCAACUUUGACCGACUCAAGUACUGGAUCGGCUGCGGUGCACACCCUACAAAGCCAGUGGCUAAACUUCUAGGGUUGGCAGGAUUCUUCCCUCUGCACCCCAUGACGAUAACAGAGGCAGAGCGUUGUAGAGCCCAAACGGAGCUGACAGACACAGCAACAGCAAAAGGAACAGAGGAAGGUCUGGAGGUGGGACAGAAGCAGGCCGAAGUGUGAGAAUUAAAGCUGGGAACUGUCUGCGACUGUUGAGUACCAAAGGAUGUUGCCAUUAUUUGGGAAGAAAACUUAUCGAUUUUGUUUCCUGACAUUUUGGCCUGGAUUAUUCGUGGAAAUUUCAGAAAUGGCAUAUUGUAGUCCUAUUUGCUUCACUGGUCUUUAUGAACAAAUUAUAUUAUAACUGAUGCUUCAUAAAAUUCAGUGGCUUCAUGUUCAUGAGAGUGGAGUGCCAUAACAGGCAGUUGUUUUUUUUCUAUUUACUAUUUUAUGUGACUUAAUUAAAGUAUUUGAAUAUUAUUGCA